GCGUUUGUUUGUGUGCGCGGGAGAGAAAGCGACUGGGACAACACGUUGCCGACUAGCUCCAGUUUGAGUCAAAUCAGAGGCAGCCACUUGCACACCGAGGUGGUCUCCCCGUCUCUCCGUCCGUCCUGCUCUCAAAGCAUCAACAGCCUCCUGAUUCAGCACCACAGGACUCGCUGAGGCCCUCGCCCCGAGGCCCGUAUCCGUCACCGCAGACGCACCCUGCCGACAGGGCCCCCCGCCCCCCUUCCCAACCCUCCCCCAGCCCUCUGUUUUAGAAGUCCCAGGAUCUGCCACAAAAAAAAAAGGGGGGGAAAAAUGCAGAACAUCACGACUGGAGCGACAGAAGGCAUAGAGCUGACGUGCGGCAUGUCCGGGAGCCACGAAUUCAUCUUCACCCUGGUGCCCAUCGUCUACGGCUGCAACUUUGUCAUCGGCAUCGUUGGGAACAGCAUGGUGGUGGCUGUGAUCUACUGCUACAUGAAGCUCAAGACGGUGGCCAACGUCUUUGUGCUCAACCUCGCGAUCUCCGACCUCACCUUCCUCAUCACUCUGCCCAUGUGGGCCACCUCCACCGCCACCGGCUACCACUGGCCCUUCGGGGGAUUCCUGUGCAAGGCCAGUGCCGGGCUGGUCAUUUUUAACCUCUACACCAGCAUCUUCUUCCUCACGGCGCUCAGCAUCGACCGCUACCUGGCCAUCGUCCACCCCAUACGGUCGCGCAGGCUACGCACCGUGUCGUACGCGCGCAUCACCUGCGUGGGGAUCUGGAUUUUUGCCUUCGUGCUCAGCGUGCCCACGGCGAUUACCAGGGACGUCCACACCAUCACGAACUACAUCACGAACUACACAACCGUGUGCGGCGUUCUUCACCCGACCAUCGGCAACACCGCGAUUUGGCAAAAGCUCCUGCUGGCCAUCAGCCUGAUGAAAAGCCUGCUGGGCUUCCUGGUGCCCUUCGUCAUCAUCAUCACCUGUUAUUGCCUCAUCGGACGCGAGCUGGUGAGGGCCCGGCACAUCCAGAAGAGCUCCCGUUCGCGGGGCGACGAGGUGCUGCGCAUGCUGGCGGCGGCGGUCCUGGCCUUCUUCCUGUGCUGGGUGCCCCACCAGGUGUUCCACCUGAUGCAGAUGCUCACCCAGCUGUCUCUGGAAAAGGACUGCGCCAUCAUAGAAAUCAUCGACACCGCCAUGCCCUUCACCAUCUGCAUCGCCUACUUCAACAGUUGCGUGAACCCCAUUGUGUACGGCUUCGUGGGGAACAACUUUCGGAAGAACUUGCUGCGGCUGCUGCGCUGCUCGCCGAACGGGGCGAGAGUGUCUCACCCGAGCAUCAGCUCCAAGAUGAGCGCGCUGUCUUUCCGGGCCUCCGAGGCGCUGAGCCUCACGGCCAAAGGCAAGGCCUCCUCUGACGCUAAGUGAAAGAGAAGAGCGAGAGAGUCAAAGUUUACUCUCAGAGGUUGGGGAGGGAGACAUUUCAUGCUUUUAAAACCCUCAACUGUAUUACAAAGCACUGAACCAUUGAACUGAUGCAUUCAUGUCCCUAUUUUAGCAAGUCCAAAAUAAAUCCCCUGCCUUGUGCAAUGCUUAUCUAUCCUUCUAUGCCACGGGGGGGGGUGGGGGAGGGCUGGAGUCCAUCCCAGUCCAUAACGCGGGGCACCACUCAAUCGCAGGAAUAGAGUCAGACAAUGAAUUCAGAUUCCCAAAUUAACCUUCCGUGCACGUCUUUGGAAGGAAGCCGGAGAACCCAGAAGGAACCCACGCAGCGGAGAACAUGCGAGCUCCACGCAGAUGGGUGGUGGGCGGGUUUGAGCACAGGAUGUGGUUGCUGUGAGGCGAGCGUGCUAACCACCACUCCACCACGUGGCUCUUGCACUUCGCUUACCUGCAGGAUAGUUAACAAUCACAUGUCACACAACACGCAUACUUGUAACAUUCAUGAGGGUAAAUGCUUCUUUCUCUACGAGCGUGUGGAUGGAAAGUGAGCGUCACUGACAUUGGUGUUUUUAAAAAAUCAGGUUGAAAAAACCCAUCUAGGAGCGAAUUAUAUCAACGCUAGAAUACGUACGGAUCACUAAUUCAGUUAUAUAUAUAUAUAAGAUAGGAUACAGUGCAGUAAUAUGUAAUAACCAUAAUAAUAACCGUUGUGUGUGCUCAGUGGGUCUUUUUCCAGUUGUAAAAGUGAUCAAGUGCUCAGCAAAGAUGCCAAAGCAAAAAAAAAAAGUAUAUCAAAGAUCGUAAGCGACUCAUGCUCUGCCUGCCGCUGCUAACCGUAGCAAACAUGUGAUGUAAGUUCAUAUCCAGUAAAACAUUUGACAAUGAUAACCAGUGCCUGUAUGCUGUAGGUGGUGUUUGCAUAAUAACACUGAAAUGAUGAAAUGUUACGUCCUCUGGGAGUCACAUGCUGUAUCAACACUCCAGGGUGCUCAUUGUCAAUACCUCCGGUGGUCGUCCAUGUGAUAUUUAAAAUGUUCCUACUCCGUAAGUGUACAGUGUACAGUGAAUAUGUGAAUAUAUGAAUAAAUAUGAAUAAAAUUAAGAAAUGAA